AUGACGAACGUAAUCCUACUCAAAAAUGCAAGUAUACCGACAGAUCCCUAUCACACCAAAUUCACCAAUUCCCCAUCACUGACUACAACCUACAUUCCUCAUUUCAUCCCUCUUCUAACUCACACCCAUCAUCCUUCCAAAGAAUCCACAAUUGAAUAUCUAAGCUCAACUGAAUUCGUAUUUGAUACUCCCAUAUUCAUAAUCACCUCCCAAAGAGCAGUGGAAAUGUUCAGAGAAUGUUUAGAAGAAUUGGAUAUAGAUAUACGCAGUCAGAUAUUGAAGAAGAUAGGAUAUACAGUGGGUCCAGCUACUGCUAGAAUACUUUCCCAGGUUGGGUUUAAUGAUGUUCGAGGGGGAGAAAAUGCGGGAAAUGGGUCAAAAUUGGCCGAGAUUGUUAUGAACGAUGUUGAUAGUAAUGAGAAGAAAAAGAUUGUAUUUUUAACUGGCGAGAUACGGAGAGAUAUCAUUCCCAAGAAAUUGAUUGGAUGUGGGUAUGAUUUGAGUGAGAGAGUAAUUUAUAAGACUAAUGAGAGAGAGGAUGUAAAGGAGAAUUUCCUCGAGACGAAAAAAAGGGCCAGUAAUGGUGGGUGGAUUGUAUUCUUUAGUCCACAGGGUACAGGGAGUAUUGUAGAGGAGUUAAAGCAUGAUCAAACAAGUUGGAAAAUUGCUAGUAUUGGACCAACCACGGAAGAAUACCUUGAAUCAAAUGGUUUAAAACCAAAUGUGAUUGCAAAGAAACCAGAUCCUGAUUCUUUAUAUGAAGAGAUAAUAAACUACGUCUCUAUAAAUAAUAAUAAUUAA